GGAGAGAGUAGACAACACAUGUUGCUAUCUCUGUGCUAUCGAAUAAUAAGUAACAACUAAACUGCAGACAUCUCAACAUUCUGGCCAGGAGGCCUGUGGAGCAAGGUAGUUUAGCCGACAUGGCUGUCUCCUUGCCACCCACCCUGAGACUCAGUCCUGCCCCUGAUGAAAUUCAGCACCCGCAUAUCAAAUUUUCUGAGUGGAAAUUUAAGCUCUUCAGGGUGCGAUCCUUUGAAAAGGCACCGGAAAAGGCACCCGAAGAAGCACAAAAGGAGAAGGGUUCCUCAGAGGGGAACCCUUACCUAGAGCAGUCUCCAGUAGUUCCAGACAAGCCUGGUGGUCAGAAAUCAGUUCUGACUCAGCGAGCAUUGAAACUCCACCCUAAAUUUUCAAAGAAAUUCCAUGCUGAUGGGAAGUCAAGAGACAAAGCAAUUCACCAAGCCAGGCUUAGACACUUCUGCCGCAUCUGUGGGAAUCCAUUCAAGAGUGAUGGGCACAACCGGAGAUACCCAGUCCAUGGGCCGGUGGAUGCUAAAACCCAAAGCCUAUUCCGAAAGAAGGAAAAGAGAGUUACUUCCUGGCCAGACCUCAUUGCCAGAGUUUUCCGGAUUGAUGUGAAGGCAGAUGUUGACUCGAUUCACCCCACUGAAUUCUGCCAUAACUGUUGGAGCAUUAUGUACAGGAAGUUCAGUAGUGCCCCCUGUGAGGUCUACUUCCCAAGGAAUGUGACCACGGAGUGGCAUCCCCACACACCAUCCUGUGACAUCUGCCUCACUGCCCACGGGGGACUCAAGAGGAAGAGGCAUCAGCCCAAUGUGCAGCUCAGCAAGAAACUAAAAACUGUGCUCAACCAAGCGAGACGGGACCGUCAGCGCAAGAGAGCUCAGGCUAGGGUCAGCAGUAAGGAAGUCAUGAAGAAGAUCUCUAGCUGCAGUAAGAUUCAUCUCAGUACCAAGCUUCUUGUAGUGGACUUCCCAGCACACUUCGUGAAAUCCAUCUCCUGCCAGAUAUGUGAACACAUUCUGGCUGACCCUGUGGAGACCAGCUGUAAGCACGUGUUUUGCAGGAUCUGCAUCCUCCGAUGCCUCAAAGUCAUGGGCAGCUACUGUCCUUCUUGCCGAUACCCGUGCUUCCCUACUGACCUGGAGAGUCCAGUUAAGUCCUUUCUGAACAUCUUGAAUUCUCUGAUGGUGAAGUGUCCUGCACAAGAGUGCGAUGAGGAGGUGAGUCUGGAAAAAUAUAACCAUCAUGUCUCAAGCCACAAAGAGUCUAAAGAGGCUUUGGUGCAUAUUAAUAAAGGGGGCCGGCCUCGUCAACAUCUCCUGUCACUAACACGCAGGGCUCAGAAACACAGGCUCAGGGAGCUCAAGAUUCAAGUCAAAGAAUUUGCUGACAAAGAAGAAGGUGGAGAUGUGAAGUCUGUGUGCUUGACAUUGUUCCUGCUGGCCCUGAGGGCCAGGAAUGAACACAGACAAGCCGAUGAGCUAGAGGCCAUCAUGCAGGGGCGGGGCUCUGGUCUGCAACCAGCUGUUUGCUUGGCCAUCCGUGUCAAUACCUUCCUCAGCUGCAGCCAGUACCAUAAGAUGUACAGGACUGUGAAAGCCAUCACCGGGAGGCAGAUUUUUCAGCCUUUGCAUGCUCUUCGAAAUGCUGAGAAAGUCCUUCUGCCAGGCUACCAUCCCUUUGAGUGGCAGCCCCCUCUGAAGAAUGUGUCCUCCAGAACUGAUGUUGGAAUUAUUGAUGGGCUGUCCGGACUUGCCUCUUCUGUGGAUGAAUACCCAGUGGAUACCAUUGCAAAGAGGUUCCGCUAUGACUCUGCUUUGGUGUCUGCUUUGAUGGACAUGGAAGAAGACAUCUUGGAAGGCAUGAGAUCCCAAGAUCUUGACGACUACCUGAACGGUCCCUUUACUGUAGUGGUAAAGGAGUCUUGUGAUGGAAUGGGGGAUGUGAGUGAGAAGCAUGGGAGUGGGCCUGCAGUUCCAGAGAAGGCAGUUCGUUUUUCAUUCACAGUAAUGAGAAUUACGAUAGAGCAUGGUUCGCAGAACGUGAAGGUAUUUGAGGAACCCAAACCCAAUUCUGAACUGUGUUGCAAGCCAUUGUGUCUUAUGCUGGCAGAUGAGUCUGACCACGAGACCCUGACUGCCAUCCUAAGCCCUCUCAUUGCUGAAAGGGAGGCCAUGAAGGGCAGUGAAUUAAUACUGGAGAUGGGAGGCAUCCCCAGGACUUUCAAGUUCAUCUUCAGGGGCACUGGAUAUGAUGAAAAACUUGUCCGGGAAGUAGAAGGCUUAGAAGCCUCUGGCUCUGUCUACAUCUGUACCCUCUGUGAUGCCACUCGUCUGGAAGCCUCUCAAAAUCUUGUCUUCCACUCCAUAACCAGAAGCCAUGCUGAGAACCUGGAGCGCUAUGAGGUUUGGCGAUCCAAUCCCUAUCACGAGUCAGUGGAAGAACUCCGGGACCGCGUGAAAGGGGUCUCUGCCAAACCUUUCAUCGAGACAGUCCCUUCUAUAGAUGCACUCCACUGUGACAUUGGCAACGCAGCUGAAUUCUACAAGAUUUUCCAGCUGGAGAUAGGGGAAGUGUAUAAAAACCCCAAUGCCUCUAAAGAGGAGAGGAAGAGAUGGCAGGCCACACUGGACAAACAUCUCCGGAAAAGAAUGAACCUAAAACCAAUCAUGAGGAUGAAUGGCAAUUUUGCCCGGAAGCUUAUGACCCAAGAGACUGUAGAUGCAGUUUGUGAGUUAAUUCCUUCUGAGGAGAGGCAUGAAGCUCUCAGAGAACUGAUGGACCUUUACCUGAAGAUGAAACCCGUGUGGCGAUCGACAUGUCCUGCUAAAGAGUGCCCAGAAUCCCUCUGCCAGUACAGUUUCAACUCACAGCGUUUUGCUGAGCUCCUCUCUACCAAGUUCAAAUAUAGAUACGAGGGCAAAAUCACUAAUUAUUUUCACAAAACCUUGGCCCAUGUCCCUGAAAUUAUUGAGAGGGAUGGCUCUAUUGGGGCAUGGGCAAGUGAAGGAAAUGAAUCUGGUAAUAAACUGUUUAGACGUUUCCGAAAAAUGAAUGCCAGGCAGUCCAAGUGCUAUGAGAUGGAAGAUGUCCUGAAACACCACUGGUUGUAUACUUCAAAGUACCUCCAGAAGUUUAUGAAUGCUCAUAACGCAUUAAAAAGCUCUGGGUUUACCAUGAACUCAAAGGAGACUUUAGGGGACCCUUUGGGCAUUGAGGACUCUCUGGAAAUCCAAGAUUCAAUGGAGUUCUAAGUAGGAUCACCACAUAUAAGUUGGUGUUUGCAAAAGUGUUUUCCUUUGGGUUGCAGUGAGGUCUUCUCCUAGUACCCAUCACAUCAUUGUGUGUGUGGGUCUUACCACCCAAGGGGUGGCAGGUUGGAGUGAUAGGCCAGAGGUGCUGUCACCUGGUCAGGAAUGGAGAGUCGAUGAGAUGAUUGCCUGAGCUGUUUAGUGAGCCCAGAAGAGCAGCAGGAGAAAUCAGUUAUUUGAAAACUCAAUAACUGAGAACAGUGGUAACUGCAGGGGACAAGGAUGUACAGUGUGUGCAUGGCACUGUGUGUCAUGAAAAUCAAAGCCAGGGCUGUCAAAGAACAGCCAAGCAUGCUAGGAAAGGAAUUUGUCUUGGGCAUGCCUUUUUUUUCCACUUCAAUUUAUUAUAUUUUGUAUUGAGAUUUAAUGCAUUUUUUUCAUUUCAUAUUUUGUAGGACUAUUUUGUGAAUUUCACAUAUGUUGAUUUUUUUAAAAAAAGAUUCAAAGGAGCCUUUUAGGUUUCUCUAACAGCACUGUACAUUUGUAGGACAUGGUGACUUUUACCAAGGGCUCUCAGUGCAUUUUCUUGUAUGGUAUAUUUAUGCAGAAAUAAAUUACAUCAAGACAGGUUUCAGAAAAACCAGCCUUUUCUAGGCUUAAAUGGCAUUGCUACUGUCACCUUCAGUGUGUAGGAGGUCAUCCGGUGUCAUAAAAUUUUCAAUAAUGAAGUUAGAGAAUGCACCUGUUAGCUCCAGCUACCCAUUAAAUCUGAUAAACUCGUGUUGGCUUAGCUAUCUAUAGCCAACUCUGGUUGUUUAUUUUUACUUUUUAAUUAAAAGUAAUUUAUACUCUCAAUGCUUUUCCAUACAACCUCAAGGUCACAGAUUUUUAAAAAUCCAUAUUUCCUUACUGCCUAAAAACAGAUUUAAUGCCUUGCUGAAAAUGUCAGCUUUUCUCUAUGUGCAACAUGGAUCAAUUUGAAUAAGCGCAGGCUUCUUAGAGGCCUCUCUUCUGCAAUGGGCUAUUCUUUGGAUUAUGAUCAGUUGAGUGUCAGUGUGUCCGUACUUUCUCCAUUUGUGAGGUUUAGACAAAGUCUACUCAUAGUAGAGUAGAGGAGUGAACACAUGUACAUUACUUUCUUUUUACCACUUUUGAGUUUUUUUCCUCACACUUGUUUUCCUCACCACAGUUCCGUGAAGAGGGGAACAUUAGAUAGAGGGUGAACGAUUUAUUCUGAAGUUACAGGGAUAAUUGAUACUUGACUUUGAAUUUGAACCCAAGCCUUUUGUCUCUUAAUUCUGUGUUCUUCAUACUAUGUUUAUAUUUUUUAUAUAGUAGCAUCAGAAUUUAAUUAGGAUAUACAACUAACCUACAGAUUAUAAUCCCAAGAGUUAUAUCUUUCAGGAUGGAAUUUAAAGUCAUCUGUUUGUCUUGGGCCUUUGGAUAGAAUGAAAUUGGGCCAAACCUCUAAGGAACCCAUAAACCGUCUAGUGGAUGCAGUUAUUUGGAAACUAUUCAUGUCUUGAGGAGUUCAGCAUUUGCCAGGCACCAGCAAUUUAAGAGCAGGCAUGGGAUUUUAUAUGCUAGUGAGUCAUAAUGAUAUGUUAGUGUUAAUUAGUUGUUUUCUUCCUUUGAUUUUAUUGGUCAUAAUUGUCAGUCUUCAUACACAGUAUAUCAAAGAGCUUUGUAAUUUAGUUGUCAAGUGUGCAUCAAUGACAUUAUCCUAAAUGGCACACAUUUGGUACAUAUUGAAUUUAGUGUUUUCCAUUGAAAGAUGCAGCAGUUUUCUUUGCUUUCUGUAUGGAGCAUAUCGAAGACAUUCAUAAUUUAGUUGUCAAAAACAUAUACACACUUAAAUAUUAUUUAACAACCCUCUCUUUGUUUUGUAGUUUGGAAGUGAAUAGGCUUCCAAACCACCAGUCCUUUCAUCUUAUUUAAUCUUUACAGAUGUCUGUGCACUAAUAAACAACUAAAUUCCCACCGUCAUCCUGCUCCCCGGAGCAUGCUGGCACUGGCUGGUAGAUAUUUUCCCCCAUUCACUCCGUUAGUCAAUUUUCAGCACUGUAAAUACUGCCCAAUAUUAAAUUCCCCUUGCUAGCAGUGUAGGACAAUUUCAGAAGCAUUUGACUCAGGGCAUGAUUUAUAGCACAACCUUCUCCCGACUCCCCUAAUCAGAUCACAUUCUUAUAAACCCCAAGAACACCUGGUCACAGGAUUUCAAUAUGUAGAGUGCCGCCUAUGGCUAUUUUUUUUUCCUCCUCAUUGUGGAGAUUGCAAUAUCCUAGGCUCUGGUUUAAUACUCUACUUUUAUUUUUUAACAAUGCCCAUUGCAAAUGCAGGCACAUACUCCAGGGAAAUUCACCGCAAUGAAUGGGGAUUUUUUUUUUUUUUUUCUUUUAAAAGCACAGAGCAGGGCUGGAAAAGUGCAAUGCAUUUUUCUGCUCUGAAACUUGGUUCUACAGGACUCUCUGCCAGCCUUCUGUGGUGCACUGCGGGCACCCGUGACGGUAGCUGAUGAAAAUUGAUGAAUGGUCGGUGUGAGGUUAAGAAGUGUCUUGGGAUUAAUAAACAUGUGCACAGAUGCCAGAGCAGCAGGGAAAGAUGUCUUUUUCUCUCAGGUUGACUGGAAUUGAAUUUUAUCUCAAUUUGCUUUCACAAAAUAUGCAUGAAAACAAAGUUGUUUUUUUUUUUUUUUUUUUUUUUUUUCAGGAGUGGGGUUUGAAAGUAUGGGCUUCAUAUGAUUUCACACAUAUUUCAAAUUCCACACAGUUAGAAGGCAGGAUUGCAGGAUUGAGCCAGGGUCUUGCACAUGCUAGGCAAACAUAUUACCUCUGAGGUAUAUCUCAGCUUUCUUUAACCAGUGCGUGAGACAAGCCCUCACUAUUUGCCCAGGUCGACCUUGAACUUGCAACCGUCCCACCUCAGCUUCUGUGUAACUGGGAUGACAGAUAUGGACCAGCUGGACUAGUUUUGCAAGCAGUGUUUGGUUACAUAGGUGUCUCCCUUUAGAUAGUGUGUGACAGUUGUUUCUAGUUUUUCUAUGGUAAGAGAUUUUAAACUGAAUUUGAUACUUUGUACCCAUUUCUCUUUAUUUUUUCUUUAAGUAUUUAUGGAAGCAAACCUCAAAGUUGAUUAGUUUUUGGAGAUAUUUUGUGGGAUUGUAUUUCACUUUAUUUUCUUACAUCUAAUGAUAUGUUUUGUUUAGUGGCUUCCAAGAGUUUUCUUUUCUCCCUUAAGGGAUAUUUAGACACCAGAAUGCAAUGUAUCAUUUGAUUUGAGGAUCUGUAUUUUCAUCUUACAUGUUUUCACACAGAAGAAGAUGAGUUAUUUUCUUUCAGUGCUUAUUUUUAUCUUUUAAUAGCUUACUUGUUAGCAUUAUGGUUAUUAUCCACAGUUCUGUGUUUAAG